AUGACACCACUGCCGUGGCUUGGUCUCCUCGCGACGGCUCUGGCUCAGAAGCCAGGGACCCAAGUCGUCGAGUCCCAUCCGGAGCUGCCCCUCUGGACCUGCGAUGCCUCGGGCUGUGUCAAGGAAAUGAAGACAGCCGUUCUUGAUGCCAACUGGCGUUGGGUCCACAAUGGCCAGUACAAGAACUGUUACAAGGAUGGCGACUGGGACAAGGACUUGUGUCCAGAUCCGAAGACCUGUGCAAGCAACUGUUAUCUUGAGGGCAUCUCCGAGGACCAAUACGGGAAAACCUACGGAGUCACGAGGAUCGAUGACGGCAUGAAAUUAAACUUCGUUACGAAGACACAGUACGGCUCUAAUUUCGGGAGCCGUAUCUACAUGCUGGAUGAUUCCGACAGCUACAAGAUCUUCAAGCUGAAGAACAGAGAAUUCUCACUGACAGUGGAUAUGUUCUACAUGCCCUGCGGUCUGAAUGGGGCCGUCUACUUCGUUGAAAUGGACCGCGAUGGUGGUGUUUCACGCAGCGGCGGGUCGAAUCGUGCUGGAGCCAAGUAUGGGACUGGCUACUGCGAUGCACAAUGCCCUCAUGACAUCAAGUUCAUGAAUGGCCGGGCAAACGUACUUAACUGGAAUGCCAGCCACGACCCGCCCAUUGGGCAAUGGGGCAGCUGUUGCCAAGAGAUGGACAUUUGGGAGGCUAACAGCCGGGCCACUGCUUACACUCCGCACCCAUGUUCCAUUGAAGGUCAGUAUGUUUGUGACGGUCUUGACUGUGGUGACACCCGUAAAGGCCAGAGAUACGAUGGUGUUUGCGACAAGGAUGGCUGUGACUUCAACUCCUGGCGUCUCGGAGUACGGAACUUCUAUGGUCGAGGUCACACCUUUGACAUCAACUCACGCAAGCCGGUCACUGUGGUGACUCAGUUUAUCACAGAAGGAAACGCGGACGAUGGAGCCCUGGUUGACAUCCGACGAUUCUACGUGCAGGACGGGCAGGUCAUCCCUAACUCGAACGUAUCUGUCGCUGGCUUUUCUGGCAACUCCAUUUCAGAUAAACUCUGUGCAAAGAUGAAAAAGACCUUUGGCGACAUCGACGACUUCGAUCGUAAAGGGGGCCUGAAGACAAUGGGGGAUGCUUUGGCUCGAGGCAUGGUGCUUGUUCUUUCUCUCUGGGAUGAUUCCCAGGCGAACAUGUUGUGGCUGGACUCUGAUUAUCCUUCGGACAGGAAGUCCUCUGCUCCAGGAGUAAGCCGUGGUCCUUGUCGAACAGACACGGGCAGUCCGUCAUAUGUGCGUGAAAAGUAUCCGACAGCCCGAGUUGCUUUCAGCAAGAUCAAGUUCGGUGCUAUCGGCACGACUUUCGGACAUGAAGGGGAUGAGGACGGCUUGUGGGGUAACGACAGGAGCGCACGGAGCGCUGGCUGUCCCGGAAGGGACACCAAGGAGGGACCGCAAGAGAAUUUGUACAAAUGCCUAUACGGCUCAGCUGCAGCCAUCCCUCUUCUUUUGCGGCGAGCUCUUCUUGAGAGUAUUGUUGUCUACAAGACCAGCGGUUUUGUUUUGGGAAUGGGUCAUGAUCCUGAGCUGCCUGAGCUGCGCAGUGCCAUGGCGCAAAGGCCGCCCGCUGAGAGACGCCUGGCCGAGAAGGUGGACUGCCUACUGGUGAACGUCGAGGAAGCCGUCCUCGAACAUCAGGCCGCGCGCCUGCGGCGCUGGUCCGAGAGCCAGCGCUCGGUCCUGGAGCGAGCCCUCCAGGUGGAGCAGGCCGGCGCCACGAAGAGCGAGUCCCUCGCCUCCAGGGUCAUUGACCACCUGCACACGCAGGUCUCCGAUCAGGAGGAGGAGCGGCGCUCGUCGACGACCGCUGCAAGGAAAGCCAAGGAGGACUGUGACGAGGCCUUUUGUCGAGAGCUUCGCAGCUUUGCAGCAGGCCGCGAGAAGCUGGGACAGCGCCUGGCGCGACAGCAGCUGGCCCGCUUGGGUGCCGCCUUCGACCAAGCCAUGGCCUCCAAGUGGCAGCAUCUGGAGGAGCUGCUCCAAAGGAACCUUUGGCGUCAUCAUGUUGAGGCACACCGCAGUUCGGGUCGUGUUGGCGGUGCUCGCGUGGAAGAUCUACAACAGAUUUGGGAGACUGGCGAGUUGGAAGGGAAUCUUUCUACGGAGAAACAGGGCUGGAUGCGCUCGCAGCGAGCGGACCUGGAUCAUCUGCAGGUUGAAGCAGACACGGAGCUCAAAGAAGCUCUGAAGGAUCUUGAACAGGCAAUUCAGGCCUCUGCUCCUUCCAGAUUGCUGGGAGCUCCAGGUGGAGAGGACCCGGAGCCUUUGCAGCAACUUCGUUCUGUGGCCGAGGCAGCUCGUCAAAAGCUGGAAGGCCUGGCGGGCGAGCUCCGGUCUCGCUACAUGCCGAAGCUUGAGGAAGCGUGGAAGGCUUGCGAAGCCGACUACGGUCGGCUUGACCGUGAGGUGCGAGAUUUCCACCUCGAGUCCUUGCAGCGGCGGUUCAAGGACAUGGAAACCUUACGGGAGCUGAAGCUGCAACUCUGCCGCUGGCGUCUGGAGUAUCAGGACGCCUAUCACAAAGGCUGUGACGACGAUGGGGGAGUCGCCGAUGCUGAUGCUCGGCGGCUGCAGCAGCGCUUCGACGUUGCGAGGAGACUGGUUCGACAGCUCUGGAGGAUGUCGGAGCUCCCGGCUUCGGAGGCUCACCACCUCCUUCGGCAGACCGUCAAGGCCUCGCCCGCCGCUUUGAGUUCCGCCUUGAAGGGCGAGAGCAAGAGCGUGAGAGAGACGGAGUUUGCGCACGGAGUUUGCUACAGCUAG